UCUCGCGCUUCGGUGACGAGGGACCCGGAGCGGUGGAACAAAGAGGCGGUCUCCUGCGCCCCCGACUUCACUCAAGCACGGAGAGAGGCAGUGAGUGCCCGCGCGUUAGCGAGCGGGCGGCGUUCAGUCCCCGGCUCAUAGCGAGUGAUGGAAAAGUUCAAGAGACAUUUCAAGGGCCCGAGCAGAUGGGGUCCGCCCAGUGUCGGGGGCGGCGGCACGGAGAAUCGCCCCGCGCUCCUCGUGAGCAGCAGAGCGCGGCGCCGCUCCAGCGCGGGUCUCCCCUCUGCGUCUCUCUCCGCGCGGCGCAAAUCUCUCGCGGGGGUCGCGCCCCCCUCCUCCUCCUCUCCUUCUUCCUCCUCCACGCAGCGCCGCCCGGGCCCGACCCUCGUGGCGGCGGCUGGGGCGGCGACGCCCGCGCAGAGUCCCCUGGUCCGCCGGCGUGGGGUCGUGGUACUCCCCGCGCACCCCCUCUCGGAGCCGCCAAGAGCGCGGCGCCGCGUGUCCGCGCAGCAGCAGCAGACCCCGGGUCCGCGGAACGCGGCGAGGCAACCGAGCGCGGCAGAGCCGGCGCCGUGCAGGAGGAGCAGCGUCUCGAAGGCGAAGCGCGGAGCCGCAAACCCACGCGGAGCCGUGAGCCGCGCGCUUUGGGUGCUGGCUCAGCACGGAGCCCUGCUCCCUAACCGGGGCCAGGGGAGCCGCGCCUGGAGAUCGCACGGCCCGGACCGCGUCGACGUUGCCUGGGGAAGCUCCGCGCCGCGGGUCGACUGGAUGCAGCUGCUCUUGCCGCCGGGCCUCGGCUUCCCCGAGCGCGUUCGGAGAGGACUGGAGCAGGAGUCCGGGGCGGGAUUCCUGCCACUCCCGGCAGGCAGCGAGGACAGGGCCGACCUCGUUAUCGUCGUCGAGGAAACUGCGAGCGGAGGGGGCGACAACCACGCCGCUUCGAUUAAGCCGAGCGGGGGAACGAUGUCCGUGGGGGGUCCUCGUGGAGAGGAGUCUCGCGUCGAGGCCCCUGCGCCCCCUCGCGAAGCUCCCCGCGGCGGGGCGCGCAGACACGGCCGCUACUUGAGGCCACCCCCGUGUCUCCGCCGGCACUCGUCCCUACAGGGGCCUGAGAGCCCGUGCGGGGCCCAUACCGGGGCGCGCCGUGCCCCCAUGGGGAACAUUGCGGGGGUUUGCAACGCGAAGCGCGUGACCAGUGCGGGGGGCUCCGGCAGGGCCACCUGGAGGGGCCACGCAGCGGAAACUCUGCGGGGGAAGGCCAUCUCCCGCUCAGGGCUGCAGCAUCUCCUGGCUCAGGACGAGGCGCUCGGCGCCUUCAUCAACGGCGGAGAGAGGAUCCCGGCGCGCGGGACCGUGGACUGGAGCGAGGCAGCGGUGCCCGGGGACCACGUGUGGUUCGACUCGGGGGACUCGGGGGACGGCUGCUGCUACCUGGGCGAGGACGGCUGCGUCGUGCGUACGGUGAAGUCGAUGUCGCGGAAGAAGUGCGCGUCGUGUCGCAUCGUGGUGCACGUGGCGUGCAUCCCUCAACUCGAGCAGAUUAAUUUUCGCUGCAAGCCAACAUUUCGCGAAGCAGGAACCAGAAGCGCGAGGGAGGCCUCGGCUGUGCGGCACCACUGGGUUCACCGUCACAGGCAGGAGGGCCGUUGUCGCCAGUGUGGCAAGGGUUUCCAGCAGAAGUUUACCUUCCACAGCAAGGAGAUCGUGGCGAUCAGCUGCUCGUGGUGCAAGCAGGCCUACCACAACAAGGUGUCGUGCUUCAUGCUGCAGCAAAUCGAGGAGCCGUGCUCGCUCGGGGUCCACGCCGCAGUCAUCGUGCCUCCCACGUGGAUCAUUCGGGUCAAGCGACCGCAGGCCUCUCUCAAGUCGAGUAGGAGGAAGAAGCGGUCUUCCCUCAAGCGUAAAUCCAGCAAGAAGGGCUCAGAGGAAUGCAAAUGGCGGCCGUUUGCCGUCAAAGCGGUGGCGUCGCCGCUCGUGAAGCCGCUCGUCGUCUUCAUCAACCCCAAGAGCGGGGGGAACCAGGGUAACAAGAUCAUGCAGAGCCUCAUGUGGCUCCUCAACCCGCGCCAGGUGUUUGAUCUGGGGGCGGGCGGCCCGCAGGAGGCGUUGGAGCUCUACAGGAAGGUGCCCAACCUCCGCGUGCUGGCGUGCGGUGGGGACGGCACGGUGGGAUGGAUCCUGUCUGUGUUGGACCAGCUGCAGAUCGUGCCACCUCCUCCUGUCGCCAUCCUCCCCCUGGGCACGGGGAAUGACCUGGCGCGCACUCUGAACUGGGGAGGGGUGCGUCUAAGUGUCCGCACGUCCGAGUGUCCACGAGUCUGCGAGUCCGCGAGUCCGAGUGUCCGUUCCUUUGAUAAAUGUUCUGAACGCCGUGCAUGCCCCGCGCGCCAGGGUUACACGGACGAGCCGAUCUCCAAGGUUCUGUCCCACGUGGAGGAGGGGGCCACGGUGCAGCUCGACCGCUGGAACCUGGACGUGAGGCCCAACCCGGACGUGGGGCGAGACGAGCAGGAGCAGGGCACCUCCAAGCUGCCCCUGGACGUCUUCAACAACUACUUCAGCCUCGGCUUCGACGCGCGGGUUACCCUGGAGUUCCACGAGUCCCGAGAGGCCAACCCAGAGAAGUUCAACAGCCGCUUCCGAAACAAGAUGUUCUACGCCGGGGCCGCCUUCUCUGACUUUUUGCAGAGGAGUUCCCGAGAUCUUGCAAAGCACGUGCGUGUAAUGUGCGACGGCGUGGACCUCACGCCCAAGAUCCAGGAGCUGAAGCUGCAGUGCAUCGUGUUCCUCAACAUCCCCCGGUACUGUGCAGGCACCGUGCCCUGGGGUAACCCGGCCGAUCACCACGACUUUGAGCCGCAGCGCCACGACGACGGCUACAUCGAGGUCAUCGGCUUCACCAUGGCGUCCCUGGCCGCGCUGCAGGUGGGAGGCCACGGCGAGCGCCUUCACCAGUGCCGCGAAGCGGUACUGGCCACGCUGCGCACGACGCCCGUGCAGGUGGACGGGGAGCCGUGCCGCCUCGCGCCCUCCAUCAUCCGCAUCUCCCUGCGCAACCAGGCGCUCAUGGUGCAGAAGUCCAAGCGGAGGGCGUCCGUGCCUCUGCUCACCGACGUGCAAAAGCUGCCCGUGUGUGUGCCCCGGCGCGUCUCGGCGCCCCCCGCUAGUUCGCCCGUUUGCGUGGCGACCCCCCCGGAGAGGCUGCGGAUUCGCAUCAGUCGCAUCCGUCUCCAUGACUACGAGGAGCUGCGCUACCACAAGGACCGCCUGCGCGAGGCCUCGGUGCCUGUGGGAGUCAUCGUGGUGCCAGGAGACUGUGAUCUGGACACCUGCCGAGAGCACAUCGAGCGUCUGCAGGAGGACCUCCCGGCUGCGGAUGCGGGGCUGCCAAGGCUCCUCGAGCACGAGGGGGAAGGCAGGACGAGGAUUCUCUCCUCGCAGAAACUUUCCCCCAAGUGGUGCUUCCUGGACUCCACAUCAGCAGAUCGAUUCUUCCGCAUCGACCGCAUGCAGGAGCAGCUGCACUUCCUGUCGGACGUGUCGGCCGAGGAGCUCUUCGUGCUGGACCCGGAGACCCCGCGCCCGGCGUCCUUGUCCAGCGGGGCCGCGCCGGGCAUGCCCGACCUCGUGGAGCCCUCUCCCGGGGUGCCGAGCCCCAUGUCGGACAGCGAGCUCCUGCGGAGGCCGGCGCCCUCGUGCCGCCCUGCGCUGCUCUUCCCCGCGACCCCGAGCGGAUUGCACUUCCCCCUGCGGCGCCGGGCAGUUGGGUUCCACGUGCCCGGCGCACGCCGCAGGCUGUCCAGCGACGGCUGCUGCGUGACGGAGCGACUGUCCCGGCAGCACAGUGCGCCCCCCGCGCCCAUGAAGGCGCUCACCAGGUUGGCCACGUCGACUGCCACGAAAGCUCUGCUGGACGCUGCACGGCAGGGGUCGCUCGAGAAGCUGAUCGAUGCCCACUCGCGGGGGGCCGACCUCCUGGCCCGUGACUCUGAGGGGCGCAGCGUGCUCCACCACGCGGCUGCUGGGGGCCACCGCGACCUCGUCAAGCACAUCCUUGAGACCGGGCCCCUAGAGCUAUUGGAUGAAACGGAGGCUGACACAGGGAACACUGCUCUGCACAGUGCUGCUGCUGGGGGGCACCGCACCGUCUGUUACUUCCUGGUGGAGGCCGGGGCCUCGCUGCUCAAAAUCAACUCCAAGGGGGAUCUGGCAGGAGAUGUGGCGCGUGAAGCCGGGGAACUGGAGCUCGCCGCCUUCCUUGAGAAUCGGCAGCACCAGCAGAUGAUCACGCGCGACGACCAGGAGACGGCCGUGUGAAGACCACCGUCCACCAUCACCACUGCCACAAUUACCGACACUAACCACCGCCACCACUAUCACCGCCACAUUAACUAUCACCUUGACCACCAAACUUUUCGUCACCACCACCUCGCGGCCCCAGCAGCCGACACUAGCGCAACCAUCACCAUCGUGAGCGCACCAGCAAUGAUAGCACCAGCUCCACAAACUCCACAAGCAAUAACCCAGCUCCAACAGUGACACCACCGGUUUCAUCAGUGCCACCCGCUCGGCACGGUGGCCCCGCGCUGCUGCUCGCUGGACUUGCCCGGUGUUGGGUGCCGCACCGAGCCCCGCGGGCGAGUUCUUCCGUGGAGCUGAGAUGACUUCUUCUCCAGUCGCCGCGACAGUGAAACUCCCGCCCGCCCGCUCAUCUCACGUUGAUUUCUCAGCCCCGCUCCUCCCCACCGCUUCUUCUCCCUGACUCCCCCCGUCCCUCCCCUCUCCCGGCCAUGUCGCCGUGUCGCCGUGUCUUGUACAUUCGUGAACCCCGAUCUCGAUCCCUCCUGGGUCUGACCAUGAAACGGAGAUGAUCUUUACUGAGUGCGUCCAGGUAACCAUCCUGGUGGUGCUCUCGUUGCCUCACCCUGCUCCCCCGUCCCUCCCACCACCCCCGACUCUUACCGCCAACAGCGCUCACCUCCCCCGUGCUUCCUGGCGCACCGCGCCACGUGCCGUGACUGCAUGACUCCGUGACCUUGCGUGACCCCCCCCCCCCCAGUGCCGAGUGUGUGUACAUACCGAGGGAAUGAUGGUCGUGCUCGUUUUGCAUAUUGUGCGUGUGAAACAUCCUCUUGAGAUUUUAAACUCGACAUUUUAUAUAUUUCUGACCGGUGAUGAUGGAGGCUGGCGUCGCGUGGAGUGCAUUUCUACGGUGGGCGGCGCGCGUCCGUGGCCGCGCGCCGUGCGUUUGUAAUAAAGCGACGCCGUGUUUACAGCUCAGCCGCGCUCGCCGCCGCCGCCGUGUCCUGACUCCCGCCUCAAGAACACCGACGGGAAGCCACCUUCAGCACGACUCUACUAUCAGUAGUAGCAAUAACAAUGUCGCCUUGUAA